AUGUCUAUCAUCGACCACUCCCAGAGUGAGGCGACCGUCAUUGAAGAGUUUGAACGAGGUGUUCACUCACCACUAGCGGCAUCUUCGUCAGACGCGAGAGGUCCCAGCAUGGAAACGACUCCGAUCCGUCCUGGGGUCUAUCUACUUCUCCAGUCAGGGGGACAGAUAGCUAUGGACCUGGUAAAUGAAAACCCUGUCGAAGGUCAUUUAAAACACGAAUAUUCCAAUCAGAAGUGGGAAAUUUCUCCAUUUGAAGCGGGAUACUCUAUCAGGUCUCUGUACGGAAUUCUGGGAAAGUAUCUCACAUGCGAGACGGACAGCUCGGUGAUUACGAAAACUCACCCCGUCAGCUGGGCAAUACAAGAUAUCCCAGGAAACCGAGAACCUACCAUUCGGAUCGUGUGGCCAAACAGCCCCCUGGCAAUUACACUGAGCAGCUUCGACCCAGGUACAAAGGUGAGGAUGUUCGAUGGCCUUGCUGUCUACGUCAACGUUACUAAGGUGAAGCUGGCGCCGAUUGGAGAGCCAGGACAGGAAUGGACGGUUCGCCGCGUGGGUGAGCCCACGACAAAUCCUGCUCCGGGUGCCCCGGUGAUCUCUCAGGCGACAUAUACGGUGUCCAGUUCUGAACCCGCUAUACGAGUUGAGGGAGCGGGGAACCAUCCUACGAUAGUUAUCAAUGACGGAGCUUCUAUCCCGGAAAACGGGGAGCUAGUGUUCACGUCGACUACCACUACCACUACAGUGACGAAGGUUGAGAGGAAUCUGAGACAACGUUGA